CGUCCUCGAUUCGCCAUGCGGGUUCCAUCACCCCUUUUCCACAACCCCGUCUGUGCUGUGCUGUGCUGUGCGUAUGUGCGUGCGUGCUCCCGCAGCCAUGUGUCGCAGAGGCACCUUUUCCGUUGCGCCCGGCGCUUAUGCAUUCGCCCCCAAUAAGCCACUUCACUUCCACAUCACAUCCAUCACGCGUGUUCACCAUCGAACGAACGGGCGAACUGCGCCGUAUGCAUACAUCUCGCUUGUCCCCCCGCUCUCUCCCACUCGCAGAUACGGGAACCAACCCCACACCCCACACCCCACACCCGCGUGAUCAUCUACCCUUCCUUCGCGCCCGCGUCCUUGGAGCGCUCCACGGUCUUGGCGUGCUAUGCGGGAUGGCUGCACACAACGCUGCGACACGAGGAAAGAAUCGAGGAGUCGCUGCAUACACAUCAUACACAUCCAUCAUACACUCAAAGCAUACUCGUAUCGUACACAUGGUCACACUCGGCAAAAGGCGGAUAUCUGUCUUUUUUCCCUUUCCCUCUUCCCUUUUUCCCUUUUCCAUCUCAUCCCAUCUCAUCCCGUCUUAUUCAAGCCCCCACUCAUCCCCCAUCUCCAUCAUCAUCAUCAUACCCGCUCAACCUACACCGCGGCGGCUUAUACGAACACACGAAACGAACGAACGAAAGCAACGAAGAAAAUAUCACGAAUGUCAUGCAGCGUGGGUGGGAAUUGUUUUACCCUUCUUCUUUUGGUUUGUGUGCGCUUUUUUUCGCGUCUUGUUUUGGUCUUGCUCUGUCUUGCUUUUUUGUGCUUUGCGUGGUUUGCCCUGCGCUGUGAGUGAUAGAUGGGGGCUUUUUUCUGGGUUUUUGGGAAGUGUGGGGGGUGUAAUGGUUGGUUUUGGUGUGGAGAGGAGAGGAGGGGAGUGGCUGUGAGAUGGGAGGGGAUGGGGAGAGGAUGGGCAGAGGGGAGAGGGG